UUCGUUCUUGUAUGACCGUGCGCUCUUUCGUCUUCGCGGUACGCAUAUAUUCUCUUAACUUGGUUAUUUUUAUAUUGCUUUAUUUCGUUGUAAUUAUAGUUUGUAAUUCGUUGGUCAACUGUGUACGUAGUUGAACAUUUUAUAAUUGAACAUGAUCUAUCGCUGUCGUAAUCGAUGGCAUAACCGGCCUAUGGUAGUUUGAUUUGUAAUUAUUGUCUUAGCUAACUGUCUCAAUCCAAUUUUUGAUAUAGUGUACAUUUUAAUUCAUCAUCUCCAAAGGAUCUUGAAAUUUAGAGGAAUUUUAAUCAUGAUAGUAACUUAAAUACACAUGUAAGUUGCUGAUUAAAUCUAUACCACUAAACUGGCGAGCUACCAUCUGAAUUGCGGUCCUGAAGGAUUGGACCAAGGUGCAUUAUUAGGGGGCGGCUGUGGUGUGUUGCAACAACAAUCCGCCGCCCCCGGUAUGGCUGAUGUCGUUGUUCAUAAACGACAAGCAGUGAUUGACCGUUUAAAACGACGAAUGGAAGGGUAUCGAAGGCAUAAUCAGGACUGUGUUCCACGGUACAACAAUGCAUUUGUUGAACAACAAAAUGUUCAGGAAACUUUAAUGCUUAAACAGAAAUAUAUGGAAACUAAAAGCAAGAGGAAUGUAAAAAAAAAUGAUAAAAAACCCCUAGAAAAUGGCAAUGCUAUGCUGAAAUUCGGCGUUAAAAGACCGUCCAGUGAAGACUUGGAUGGACCAGACAACGGGCAGUACGGUAAUCAUGACGGACUACCACCUCCGCCGAAAGGAGUUCCUCUGCAGAGCAAUAAUAACCAACAAUCGUCAUCGUCGUCAUCGCCGCACUCUAAUAAAAACAAUGACAACGCUAACAAUGCCAAAUUUAGCGUAAAAAUCGUACAAGAAUUGGAAUUCAGCACUAGCGAGCACCAACACAACGCUCAAAUAUCCACCAACCUCACGCUUACGUCUGUUAAUACUUCUAUACAAAGUGACGUGACUACCAAACAAUCGCCAACAGCCUCUGGCGCAGUACCGACUACACUUGGUCCAUCUGACACGAUGGAGUGUAAACAAGAACAACCUGACCUAAUGGAUUUCCCGGGAGACAGCGACCUCAACGACCUGUCUUUUAUUAACAAUGAUACUAAUGAACCUAUGUUAGCAGUGGAUACAGAUACGCUUACCGAAAUCAUUUCGGAUUUGAAUAGCGAAGGUAUUACGCCCGCCGAUUUCCACCAAGUGGAUUUGUGUGAUAAGCGACCAAUUAAGACAGAAUCGGAACAGAGGUGUACGCCACCGGUCAAAUCUCCGUUUGAUCAACAACAGCAGAGAGUUGGUGGCAAUGGUGGUGCCAAUAAUAAUUAUUCCAAUUGCGUAGCAGCCGAGACUCUUAAGCAGUUGGCAGAACAGCACAACAAUCAACAGAGACCUGAUAAAUGCGGUUACGAUUUUCCUUAUCAGUCUCCUGGAUCUGUGCCUGACUAUAUCCAUUCUCCGAGUACGCCAGCCGGCACUCCUAAUCCAAGUUACAAUAUGAUGUCACCGGUAAACUCGAUCUACCACCAAGAAAAGCAACAACAACAGCAGCAACAAGAAAAUAACAACUAUUACCCUGAACCGCCUAAACCUAGGAUGAAGCAGCAAGCAACUGCCGCAUCAGCGCGCCAAAAACAGACUCUUCCACAACAACAGCAGCCUCAGCCUCAACCUCAGCCAUCUCCACAAUCUCGGUACAAUCAGUUUAACGGACAUGGUAGUCCACAAUUUCCAGUUGGUGCACGUAGAAUAACGCCAUCACCUGGGGCAGCGACAGGCGUGCUCUCGCCUCAGCCAAAUGUAGCUAGUCCAGAUGUCAACACUUUUCAGAUGACUCAAUCUCAGCAAGUCCACGUUAGCCAACAAGGCCAACAGCAGUCAUUUGGUCAAGGUCCUCAAAUCCAAGACAGGCUAAUUGGACCAUCUGUAACUUCUUCUGCGUCUUCAAAUUGUGUUGGUAGUGGUCCUAUGCAGUAUUAUAAUUCCAAUUGUGGCGACAAUGGCCAACAGUCGUAUAUGCAUAUGAGUCAAUCACAAAGUAUAACAUUUUCGCAGCAGCGAGCUCGUUUGUUGACCGCAGGUGCCAGUCCUACAAAUAUUAUUAGACCACCAAAUAAUGUUCAACAAUCAAACAUAACUAAUGAACAUCACAUGUUACCCCAACAUAUGAAUAGGACACCACAAAUAAAUAUGAUGGGUAGUUCUGGUACAUGUAGACCACCACCACCUGAGUAUAAACUGAAUGUAACUCAAAAUAUGAGCAUGUGCCAAACUUCUCAAUUUCCUUCACAAGGAAGUUAUAUUCCACCUACUCGACAACCAAUGCCACCUCAAGGAGCUCAAACGAGACGACCAAUGCAACAGCAACCUAUUCCGCCAUCAGGGCCCAUGCUUCGUUCUCAAAUGGCUAAUACUGGUGGAGGAGGAAAUUCUGGUACAAUGGCUAGUAGUUAUGACCGAAUGUCAUCUGUACAAAGAAAUAUGAUGUAUCCAGGUAAUGCUAAUAUUCAGAGGCCACCUAAUGUAACACCUAGCUCAGAAGCUUUUAAUAGUGAUUGGCAACAACUAUUAGCUGCAAGACAGCAACAACAACAGCAGCAACAUCAACAACAACAAUUUAGACCUACAUUCUCUCAAACUUCAAUGGGCAAUAUGAACCAACCUAAUAAUUCUGGCCCAAUUAAUAUUGGUGGAGGAUUUGGAGGAAACAAUACCAACUUGAAUCCAUGUCAGACAAGUAGCUCUGGAAAUAUUCACCUUAUGGCUGGCCAAAUGCAACACAUGUCAUCUAGAUUAGGCAAUGGUCAACAAACUUUAACACAACAACAGCAUACGAAUAUUAAUAUACAAUCUCAAAAUAAUCAAAUGCCAGUCAAUAUGCAAAUGUCUCAAUCUAUGAACAUGAAAAUGAGUGGUGGUGUUUCUGGGCGAAUGGGUGGUAAUCCUGUACAAAUUAUGAAUCAACAACAGCAAAUCCUACAGCAACAACAGUCUCCAUCUCAACAACAUCAAUCUAUGAUGCGCGCUCAACAACAACAAUCUUAUACACAACAGCAAACAACAAUGAAUACAGGAAGUCCAUACCAACGUAAUAUGUCUGCAUCAAAUUAUCCUAAUAAUACUCACCAGCAAUUUCCUCAAACUAGUUCAGCAAUGCAACCAAUUGCUAAUCAAACAUCAAUGAUUAAUACUAACUCAGGUUUGCCUCCACGCAAUACAUUUAGCCCUAGUGACUUUAAUUUUGAUUUCCUCGAUCAGCCACUCGCUAAUGAUGGCAAGAAUAGCUAUAACAAUAAGCAACAAACGUUUGGUGAUUUUAAUUUUGAUUUUCUGGAUGCCCAUUAAAUUCUAAUGCACAUUGGUUGUUAUUUUCUUAAACAAUAUUAAUAAAUCCUGUGAUAUUAAGCUUAUCAAGUGGUUUAAUUUAUGCUACAGUCAUUUACACUAAAAAUAAAAAUAAAUUACAUUUAAAUAAACAUUUUUGUUAUACAUUAAAUGUUAUUUAAUUUAAACUUUUUAUAAUAUUAUGUGACCACACAAAAGGUAUUAUUUAAAGUUUAAGUAAUGUUUUACUGUGGUUUAUUGAAGGUGAAAAAACAAAUAAAUUUUAUAAGAAAACUGUUAAAAACUUUUAUAAUAUCUAUUUGAUUCUUAGAAAUGGUAAAUGUCAUACUAGACAUUUUUGUUCCUACUAUAGAUGUCAUACAAUCAUUGUACAAACUGUUGGCACUCCAAAAUAAAACACCAAUUGAUGUACAAAAAUUAAAAACCCUUAAUUUUCUGUUGUAUGUUAAUUUGUUAAAUAUUAUAAUUAUUAUAAAAAUUAGUGUGGUUUUUUGUUGUUGUUGUGUUAUUUAUUUUAUAAAUAAUUAAUGUUAGAAAAAAAUACUGUAUAUUAUUUUAAUAAAUUAUAUUGUUAUAUAUGAUAUUUUUCCAAGUGAAUAAUUUAGUAACAUUGAAAUGGCCAGAGGAGUUUUACAUGAGUUACCAUUGGUGGUCAACAAAAAUUAAACUAAUAUUGUAUAAUGGGGAGGGGAGGUAAUAAUCUCGUUUGAUCUCAACUAGUUACUCUUGCAAAUGUUUCCAAAGCGAGUGGCUCCCCUUUGAUUUAUUUUUAUCAAAACAUUUUUCAUUGUUAUAAUAUAAUUUUAAUUUGAUUGCCAUAAUUGUAAUAAUCCUCAUUAAAUUAAGUUAAUUUCAAAGACAUUUUUUUAGAAAUCCCUAGCACCCAAAUAUAUUUCUAAAUUACUUUUCAAUGUAAAUAUUAGAUUUUGAACAAAAUUAUAUAAAAAAAUAAUCAUUGCAUUAUUUAUUUAAUAUUAUUAAAAUUAUAUGUUUAAAUAAUCUUGUUUAUAAAUAAUCAUGAUUUUUGUCUGUAAUUAAAUUAUUAUUAUUAUUGUGUUAUCAAAAACUAAAGAAAAAAAAAUUAUUUAUGCAAUAUUCAUAAAUAUUAUAGGUUUAUAUUAUAAAAAUUGUGUAUUAUCCGUUUAUUUUUAGUGAUAGUUGCCGAUUGAUAUUCUAAAAUACCAAGACUGAAUGUUCCACCAGUGGCUAAUUCUUAUAAAUUUUUUCAGACUUUUAUUGUAUGUUGUAAAGUUAAUUAUAGUCUCCUUAGUGAUUUCUUUUUAUUCCUGCCACUGAAUUCAGCCAUUUAUAUUCUUCCAUUAACAUAAGACAACUAAUUAUGACCGUAAAUUUGAUUCUUAUAACUAAAUUAAAAAAUCAGUACCUAGUUUCUAAUUUUUAUACAGAUAAUGAAUGAAUUAUAGUUGUACAAAAUUAAGUUUAUUUGUGCUAUGUUUACAUAAAAAGCGUUUUUAUUUCUGUUUAAAUUUUAUAAACAAUUUUACUUUCUAUUAAUUAAUUUUUACAACAGUGAGAAUUUUUGUGAACACCAAAUGUUUUUCUUUUAUUGUAUUUACUAAUUUAUAUAUCUAUCAAUAAAAGUUAUUUAAUUUUUGAAAACGGUGAUUAUAUGAUAUUUAAUUUUUAUUUGUACUUUGACAAUCAUUUUUAUUCUUAUAAUUUUUCAAAAAUUCCCCUUUCACUCUUUCAAGAUUUUUUUGUGUGUGCUUCUAAUGAUUAUUUUACUUUACAGUGUGUAACUAAAUAUUACAUUUGUAAUCUCAAUAAAGUUAUUAAUACAUAUUAUACAUGUUAUGUAUUAUUGCAUAUGUUGUUAUAUAGAAUUAAGGUUAAAUAUUUAUAAUGCUAUUAUAUGUUUAAAAUGUAAAUUUAAGUUACAAUAAGAAAUUACGGUUAAAUGUGUUAUGCCAUUUUUCUUGUAAAAAUAAAUAUAAAAGAUAUUAGUAA